AUGGGCGGGAGAAAGGGCAAAGCGCCCCGGUGCCCGGAGGGAGCAAGGAGGCCAGACUCAGGGGAGCAGGAGUCCGGCUCUGCCAGCGGCGAGGGCGCGGCCCGCGGGGACCGCCGCCGGGGCCGCGGGAAGGCCGGAGGCCGGGGACCUGCCUUGGAUCCCGCCCUGGGAGGCCAGGGGAGCCCCGGUGGCCGCAGGAAGCCCCCGGCAGAGGGGCAGGGCGGCUGCCCGCGGCCCGGGGCUGGUUCUCCGCCAGCUGCUCAGGGGAGGAGGCCGGGCAGUGCCAGGCCCCGGGGGCGCGGGCCGGGGGAGAGCCGGGAGCCCGGGGACGGCCGCGGGGGGCGCCUGGAGGACGGUGUCCCCCGAGGAGAAGGGAGGAGCGGCGGGCACGGCCGCCGCCGGAGGAAAGGCAAAGGGCGGGGACGCCGGGCGCCGCGGAGCCCCGGCGGCGGGGACACGUCGGGCGGGGACCGGGGCAGCUCCUGCCCGGACAGCGAGGCCCGCGGGGACCCGGACAGCGGCAGCCGGGGCGGCGGGACCCCGGAGCCGCGGUCCAGCCCGGCGCAAACGGACGCGAGCUCGGGGGACCCCCACCCCGGGCCGGCGGCAGCGCGGGCGCAGGGCGCGCCCCGGAGCAGCGACGGCGGGAGCAGCGACUCCGAGCCGCACUGCGCGCCCCGAGACCCGGGAGGGUCCCUGCGGACCGGGCCCCGGGGAGCGACGGCGGGCUCCGGGUCCGACACGGACCAGAGGACGGCCGCGACCGCCGGCGCCCUCGAGGGCGGCCCCGCCGGCGGCCCCACGAGCUCGCGGGCUCCAGGGGACCCGAGCGCCGCCGGGGCGCGGCCAGAGGCUGAGCCCGGAGGGGCCCCGCGCCGCCGGGUGGGAGCGGAGCCGGGGAAGGCGCAGGCGGCGGCGGGCGAGGGCGCCGCGGAGGGCGGAGGGGGCGACGCGCCCGGGGACCCCGCGCCGCUGGCCGCCCUGGUGGCGCUGCACCGGCUCCGCGCGAGGGCGCCCCCGGGUCCCGCGCCCCAGGAUGCGGGUCCCCAUCGCCCAAACCUCAAGGAAAGGCUCCUCCGCGUGGCCCGGGCCCUGGGCCUCCUGCGCUGGCUCUGGCGGCUGCUCGGGCUGCGCGGGGCCGCGGGGCCGGGCGGCUCCGGCAGCGAAGCGGAGCCCGGGACCGCGGCGGCGGCGGCGGCGGCCCCGGGGCACUGGGCGCGGGACCCCGGCGCCCGCGGGGACCCCGGGCCCGGCGCCGGCGCGCUGCUGCCCCAGCUCACCCUGGAGAAGCGCCCGGGCCCCUCCCGGCCCCGCGGGGACCCCUGGGAGCCGGAGGACGAGGCGGAGGAGGCGCUGGAGCGCGAGCUGGAGCGGAGCCUUGGGCCGGGCCUGGAGGCGCCGUGCUUCCCGGGCGCCGAGGGCAGGCCCCCAGGGGCCCCCCUGGAGGACACCGAGGACCUGGCCCGGCUGCGCCCGCUGUGUGACAGCGCCGUCCUGCUGUGCCUCAAGAAGAGGUUUCGCCUGGGCCGCAUCUACACCUUUGGGGGGCCCCUCCUGCUCGCUCUGAACCCCCGCCGGCCGCUGCCUGUCUUCUCGCCUGAGAUCCUGGCCCGCUACGGCCCCCAGGAGGCCCCCAGUGACCCGCACGUCUUCGCCAUCGGGGCAUCGGCCCGCAGCCUGGCUCAGAGCGCGGGGCGGGACGCAGGCAUCCUCCUCAGUGGGCACAGCGGCUCAGGGAAGACAGAAGCCGCCAAGCAGAUCGUGCGCUUCCUGAGCGGCCUGGAGCAGCGGCAGGCGGGGGCCGGAGGAUGUCAGCUGGACGACGUGCUGCCCUGGCUGGGCAGCUUUGGCCAUGCCAAGACAGUCCUCAACGCCAACGCCAGCCGCUUCGGGCAGGUCCUGGGUCUCUGCCUGCAGCGCGGGGUCAUCGUGGGAGCGUCCGUGUCCCAUUAUCUGCUUGAGACCUCGAGGGUGGUGUUUCAGGACCCGUCCUUGCUGCCCUGGGCACAGGACCAGGCCACGGUCCCCCUAAGCCAGGCCUUCUCCGCCAAGGCCCAGGCCGAGAGGAGCUUCCAUGUUUUCUAUGAGCUGCUGGCGGGGCUGGACCCCACGGAACGGGAGCAGCUGUCCCUGCAGGAGCCGGAGACCUACCACUACCUCAACCAGAGCAAGGCGGGGGGGCCAGGCCCUGCUGCCCACCCCUGCUGUGCCCCUCAGGGCCAGGCCUGCAGGCUCCAGGGCAAGGAGGAUGCCCAGGACUUCACGGGACUGGUGAAGGCGCUGCAGGCGCUGGGCUUGUGCCCGGAGGAGCUGACUGCAGUGUGGGCCGUGCUGGCUACCAUCCUGCAGCUGGGCAACAUCUGCUUCUCCUCGACAGAGAGGGAGUCCCAGGAGGUGGCUGCCGUGUCCAGCUGGGCCGAGAUCCACACCGCAGCCCGGCUGCUGCGGGUGCCGCCCGAGCGCCUGGAGGGGGCUGUCACCAGGCGGGUCACGGAGACUCCCUAUGGCCCGGCCUCGAGAUCGCUGUCGCUGGAGAGGGCCAUAGAUGCCAGGGACGCCCUGGCCACGGCCCUGUACGCGCGGCUCUUCGGCUGGCUUCUGAGGAGGACCAACACGCGGCUGGCCCCGCCCGGGGAGGGAGGCAGCACGGAGACCAUCACCGUCGCGGAUGUCUACGGUUUUGAGGCGCUGCGGGUGAACGGCCUAGAGCAACUGUGCAGCAACCUCGCCAGCGAGCGCCUGCAGCUCUUCGCCAGCCGGAUGCUGCUGGCCCAGGAGGAGGAGGAGUGUCGGCGAGAGUUGCUGCCCUGGGCGCCCAUCCCCCAGUCUCCGAGGGAAUCCUGCCUGGACCUCCUGGUAGACCAGCCCCUGAGCCUCCUGCGUAUCCUGGAUGCCCAGACAUGGCUGUCCCAGGCCACCGACCACACCUUCCUGCAGAAGUGCCACUAUCACCAUGGCGACCACCCCUGCUACGCCAAGCCCCAGCUGCCCCUGCCCAUCUUCACCGUGCGGCAUUUCGCAGGGGCCGUCACCUACCAGGUUCACAAAUUUUUAAACAGAAACCGGGAUCACCUUGACCCUGCCGUGGCAGAAAUGCUUGCCCAGAGCCAGCUCCAGCUGGUGGGCAGCCUGUUCCAGGAAGCAGAGCCCCAGGGCGAGGGAGGGCAAGGCAAGCCCACCCUGGCCUCGCGGUUCCAGCAGUCCCUGGGGGACCUCCUAGCCAGGCUGGGCAGGAGCCGCAUCUACUUCAUCCAGUGCCUCACCCCCAACCCCGGGAAGCUCCCAGGCCUCUUUGAUGUGGGACACGUGGCCGAGCAGCUGCGCCAGGCGGGCGUCCUGGAGGCCGUUGGCGCCCGCAGCGCCCACUUCCCUGUGCGCCUGCCCUUCCAGGCCUUCCUGGCCAGGUUCCGGACCCUGGGGACCGGGGAGCAGGGAGAGCCCUCCGACCAGGAGAGGUGUGGCGCCAUCCUGAGCCAGGUGCUGGGGGCUGAGUCGCCCCUCUGUCACCUCGGAACCACCCAGGUCCUGCUGCAGGAGCCGGGCUGGCUGCAGCUGGAGCAGCACCGGGCCCAGCGGCGAGCCCAGGCCCUGCUCAUCCUGCACCGUGGGCUGCGGGCCUGCAUCUCCCGCCAGCGCCUCCGCCUCCUGCCCCGGCUGCAGGCUCGCGUGCGGGGGCUCCAGGCCAGAAAGCGGUACCUCCUGCGCCGGGCGGCCCUGGGACAGCUGAACGCGGUGCUGCUGGCGGCCCGGCCCCUGCUCCGGAGGAGGCGGAGGCUGCAGGUGAGGCGGCCAGGGCCCUGGCAGCUCAGGCAGAAGCCAGGCAUCGGGCUCCGGGGAGCUGGGCGCAGGCAGCUGGCCCCUCCGGGUCUGUGCUUGCUCCUCUGUCUGAGUUGGGGCCCCCAAGGGGGCAGGCGGCGGGGCCGCCGAACUGCCUGGCUGGGGAGGGCCCUCUGGGGACAUCAGCUCCUCCUGUGUCUCCCCUGGCAGCUCGGGCACUGGUGUGGCUGGCACGGCGGCGGGUCCUCCGGGAGCGGGCCAAGCAUGGAGCUGGCGCGCCUGGAAAUCCCGGCCGAGCUGGCCGUCCUGCUGAGGAAGGAGGAAGGCCGCCAGCACACGCUGGCCCAGAGCAUCACCGAGGCCAAGCCCCCCGAGGUUCCCGCAAGGCCCAGCCUGACACUGCCGCCGGACAUCGACCGCUUCCCCUUCUCCAGCUUCAUCGCCACCGGCUUCCAGGAGCCAUCUCUGCCCACGCCCGGGCAGCUGCUGGACAAGCCCCUGACCCGGCUGGAUGGGGAGAACCCUCAGCGUGCCCUGGACAUCAACAAGGUGAUGUUGCGGCUCCUGCGGGAUGAGUCCCUGCCGGCCUGGCAGGAGCAGACCAUGGGCGCCUACCUGGUGCGGCAGGGCCAGCGCCGGCCGGGCCUGCGGGACGAGCUCUUCAGCCAGCUCGUGGCCCAGCUCUGGCACAGCCCCAGCGAGCAGCAGAGCCUGCGCGGCUGGGCCCUCAUGGCCGUCCUGCUCAGCGCCUUCCCCCCGACGCCCUCCCUGCAGAAGCCGCUGCUCAAAUUUGUGUCGGACCACGCCCCCAGCGGCAUGGCAGCGCUGUGCCAGCACAAGCUGCUGGUGGCCCUGGAGCAGGCCCGGCUGGCCCCUGAGACCACCCGCGCCCACCCCCCCACUCAGCUCGAGUGGACGGCCGGACGGCGCCGAGGCCGCAUGGUGCUGGACGUCUUCACGCUCAACGACGAGUGCCUCUCGGCAGAGGUGGAGUCCUGGACGACGGGGGAGCAGCUCGCGGGGUGGAUUCUGCAGAGCAGAGGCCUGGAGGGGCCCCCCCGUGGCUGGUCCGUGUCACUGCACUCCGGGGACUCCUGGCAGGACUUGGCUGGCUGCGACUUCGUGCUGGACCUGAUCGGCCAGACUGAGGACCCCGGGGACCCUGCUGACCCCCACAGCUACCCCAUUGCCCCCUGGAGCUUAGCCGAGGACAUCCCUCCCGCCCCUGACGUCCAGGCCCCCUCCCUGUCCGCACGCCCCCCUCCAGGUCCAGCCCCGGCGCUGCCCAGCAGGGGCCUCACAGGUGGGUCCCGGGCCCCGGGGAGCCUGGACAGCUACCUGGACCACAUCUUCGAGCCAGUCCUCUCCCCGGGCCUCAGCGAUCUGGAGCAAGCCAGGGCCCUGAGCAGCCGCCUGAAGGGAGGGGGCGGCAUCGGGCCCAUGCAGCAAGGAAGCUACCCUAUGGUGUACCCAGGGAUGAUGCAGAUGCCUGGAUACCAGCCAGCUAUGAUGCCUGCUCCCAUGCCCAUGAUGCCGGCCGUGGGCACAGUCCCUGCCAUGCCAGCCAUGAUGGUGCCACCGCAGCCGCAGCCACAGCCGCUGCUCCCCAGCGUGGACGCCAGGCAGCUGGCAGCCCAGCAGCAGAGCUUCAUCAACCAGCAGGCGCUGCUCCUGGCCCAGCAGAUGACCGCCCAGGCCAUGUCCCUGUCCCUGGAGCAGCAGACUCGCCAGCGCCAGCGCGAGGCCCCGGCAACCUCAGCCGUGGCCCCGAAGCCCAAGCAGCCCCCGGCCGCCCGGAGAGAGCCGGAGCCGGAGCCGGAGCCGGAGCCGGAGACCCCCCAGGAGACCCCGCAGGAGACCCCCCAGGAGACCCCGCAGGACGAGGAGGAGAGGCGCAGGAGCUUCCAGCAGAAGCGGGACUAUUUCCAGAAGAUGGGGCAGCAGCAGAUCAAGGUGAAGGUGGCGAAGCCUCCGGCCAAGGUGCAGAUCCCCCGCGGGGAGGAGCCGGAAGAGGAGGAGCCCCGUGCAGCAGCGCCAUCGCCGCCUCCUGCCCGGGUAGUGAAGAAGCCACCGGCACCAGCACCGGGUGGGGCCAAAGCCGUCCGGAAGGCGGAGGCAGAGCCGGCCCGGGAGGCGAAGCCGGCCCGGGAGCCGGGGCCGGAGCCGGAGGGUGCUGCGGUGCCCGGCUCGGAGCCCCCGAGGCAGCCCAGCAGGGAGAUCCGUAACAUCAUCCGCAUGUACCAGAGCCGCCCGGGCCCCGUGCCCGUGCCCGUGCAGCCAGCCAGGAAGCCCCCCCAAAGUUUCCUGAAGAAAAACAACCCCAAGGACGAGGCUCUGGCUAAGCUGGGGAUCAGCAGUGACCAGCUGCCCCCCCAGCCGCUGUCCCCCAGCCCCGAGAAGGGCCCUCCGCCCGCUGUGGCCGCCCGGCCCAAGGCCACUCCCCGGAUGAAGACCUCCAGCACCAUCCGGGAGAAGCAGGGCCCCCUCCAGGAGCUGUUUGGCCAUAACCCCCCCACUGCCCAGGCACCCGCACCCCCACCAGUGCCCCCUCUGCCUCCACCGGGGGCCCCGGGGACCCCUUCGGCCGAGCCCCGCGGCUCCCUGGGGGCCAUGGGAGACCAGGGGGUCAGCACCCAGCUCCUCGUGCCCUCCGGCAGCGUGUGCUUCUCCUACACCAGUGCGCCCUGGAAGCUGUUCCUGCGCAAGGAGGUCUUCUACCCCCGCGAGAGCUUCAGCCACCCUUACAACCUGCGGCUCCUCUGUGAGCAGAUCCUGAGGGACACCUUUUCCGAGUCCUGCCCCCGGAUCUCCCAGGACGAGCGGUGCAGAAUGAAAGACCUGCUGGGCGACCUGGAGGUGGGCCUGGACUCGCUGGGCGCCGCCGAGGACAAUGUCAAGAAGCGCAUCGUGGUGGCCGCCAGGGACAACUGGGCCAACUACUUCUCCCGCAUCUUCCCCGUCUCCGGCGACAGUGGCAGCAACGUGCAGCUGCUGGGGGUGUCCCACCGGGGGCUGAGGCUGCUCAAGUGGGCCCGCGGCCCGGGCAUCUGCCUCCACCAGCUGAAGACUCUCUGCUCCUACAGCUUCGCCGAGGUGCUGGGCGUGGAGUGCCGGGGCGGCUCCACGCUGGAGCUGACGCUGAAGGCCGAGCAGUUGGUGCUGCGCUCGGCCCGGGCAGGUGCCAUCCGGGCCAUGAUCGAGCUCUUCCUGAGUGAGCUCAAGAAGGACUCCGGCUACGUGGUCGCCUUGCGAAGCUAUAUCACCGAUGACCGCAGCCUCCUCAGCUUCCACCGCGGGGACCUCAUCAAGCUGCUGCCGGCCAUGGAUCUGGAGCCAGGCUGGCAGUUCGGCUCUGCCGGGGGCCGCUCCGGGCUGUUUCCCGUGGACAUGGUGCAGCCGGCGGCUGCCCCGGACUUCUCCUUCUCGCUGCUGCGCAGAGAGCCGAGCCCGGCGCAGCGGGAGAGGGCGCUGGAGGUCCCCGCCAGACGCCAGAGCCAGGCACUCAGUGACAACUUGGAGGCCAGCAGCCUGCCCCUCUCCGGGGUCUCGGCCUCGCUGUCCGGUGUCUCCCACAGCUAUACCAUGCAGGACUUUGCCUUGAAAUACUUCCGGAAGCCCCAGACCCUGCUGGCCCAGGCAGGUGGAGACGCCCAGAAAGCCAUGGCCAGCCUGGUGCAGUACUCCAAGGCCCCCAUCCGGGAGUCGCUCAUCAGCCUCAGUGACGAGGACUUGAACAGGCGGGCUGUGGACAGCUUCCAGGUCCUGAUGCAGUUUAUGGGGGACCAGCCGAAGCCCCGGGGCAAGGACGAGAUCGAGCUGCUCUAUGAGCUGCUGAAGCUGUGCCGGGAGAAGGAGAACCUCAGGGAUGAGAUUUACUGCCAGGCCGUCAAGCAGGUCACGGGACACCCCCGGCCGGAGUUCUGUGCUCGAGGCUGGAGCCUCCUCAGCCUCCUCACCGGCUUCCUGCCCCCGUCCACCACGCUGAUGCCCUACGUGACCCAGUUUCUGCAGGACGCGGGCAGGAGCCAAGAGCUGGCCCGCACCUGCCAGGAGCACCUCCAGCGCACGGUCAAAUUCGGGGGGCGCCGGCGGCUGCUGCCCCCCGGGGAAAUGAAGGCGUUCCUGCAAGGGAAAAUGGCCCGCCAGCUCCUGAUCUACCUGCCCGGAGGCGUGGGCUACAAGACCAACAUCGGCACCUUCACCGUGGCAGCAGAGGUGCUGGAGGAGCUGUGUGGGAAGAUGGGCAUCACAGAACCCGAGGAGGUCCAGGAAUUCGCCCUGUUUCUCAUCAAAGGGGAAGGGGAGCUGGUGCGGCCCCUGGGGCCCGGGGAGUACCUCAACAACGCACUGGCCGCCCCGGACACCAGCCUGCAUAGCCGGCGGCUCGGCUGGGAGACGCGCCUGCACUUCGAUAACCCCACCUACAUCGGCACCCACUACAGCCAGGUGCAGCGAGACUACCUGCAGGGGAAGCUGUUGGUCAGCGCCCAGGCAGACGCCCAGGUUGCCAGGCUGGCUGCCCUACAGCACGUCAGCAGGCCCCACGGGGCGCCCCCCUCAGAGCAAGACCUGCUGGCGUACCUGCCGAGGCCGCUGCAGGGCCAGGUGAACAUGGCCACCCUCCGGGGCCUGGUGGACCAGGAGCUGAGCCAGCUGCAGGGACGCAGCGCCCAGGAGGCUCAGAUCGGCUUCAUCGAGGCGGCCAGCCAGCUGCCCCUCUUCGGUUACACCGUCUACGUGGUGCUGCGAGCGAGCGACCCGACGCUGCCCAGACCCAGCCUCCUGGGGCUGAACCGCCAGCACCUCGUCCUCAUGGACCCCAGCUCCCAGACGCCGUGCUGCUCCAUCGCCCUGCGGGACCUGCAGCGGCUGCACCUGCUGAGCCCCCUGGAGGAGGACAGGCCCCCGGGCCUGGAACUCAACUACGGCGCCGUGGACAACCCCCAGACCAUCUGGUUCGAGCUGCCGCAGGCCCAGGAGCUGCAGCACACCAUCGCCUUCCUGCUCAGCAGCAGCGACAGCUCCGCCUAGCGGCCUCCUCCCCCAGGAGCUGGAGGUGGAGAGGAGGAAGGGCCCCCCUGGAUCCAGCCUCACCGAUGGUCUCCCUUGGGUGCUGUCAGGUCACGUUGGUUUGGACUUGGUGGCUGGGCUGUUCUGGACCCUGCCCGGCACAGCCCGCUGGCCCACGUGGAGGUCACAGGCCGGGCUGCUGCAGGGACAUCACCGGGGGGAGACUAGAAAGACCCCUCCUUGGGGGCGCAAGGGGCUGUGGGAACCCGGCGUGGGCAGCUAAUGUUGCCCGUCUGGGGGAGAGGGCACCUGGCCCCUCAGGGUGGCACAGCCGCUGCGGAGGAAAUAAAGCCCCGAGAGAAAAC